AGAGAGAGAGAGAGAGAGAGAGAGAGAGAGAGAGAGAGAGAUAGGGAGAGAGAGAUAAAGGGAAGAGAGAGAGAAGAGAGAUGGAAGAUAGAGAGAGACAGAGAGCAAGAAAGAGAAGAGAGAGAGACAGAGAGAGAGAGAAAGAGAAGAAAGAGGGAGAGAAAGAGAUCUCUUGUCAAACUCUCUUCUGAUUGGCCCGUCGGGAGUGUCCCGAGUCACGUGACCAUUCCCGAAAACCGUUCCUCCACGUGGGAAGUUGGCGGUUUUCUUCCGGGACGUUGGCGUGGAACCGUUCCCCGGCUCCACGCGCCUUCAAACGCCCCUAAGCCCCGCCUCUUCAGGCGGGCCUGGAGCUCCAGCGCCGGCACCCACUGGUUCUUGCAUCGGCUCUCGGCGCAGAAGCUGCUGAUGUCGGACAGAGCCUGGCACUGCAGCGGCUCCACCGGAGGAUUCUUUUGUAGGAUUCUGAGCGGGAGGACCGAAGCUGGAGCGGCUUUUAUACGCCCCGGGAGCCGGACACGUCACCCCCGCCCCGCGCUCCCAGACGCGAUUGGCUCCGGGCUCCAGACGGCGGUCAUUGGCGGAGAGCGAAGCCGACGGAGGCGCGCCCCACGUGGGAUGGAGUUUCGGAGAAUCCCCCCUCCCUCCCCGGAGAGAGAGAGAGAGAGAGAGAGAGAGAGAGAGAGAGAGAGAGACAGAGAGAGAGAGAGAGAGAGAGAGAGAGAGAGAGAGAGAGAGAGAGAGAGAGAACAGAGAGAGAGAGAGAGAGAGACAGAGAGAGAGAGAGAGAGAGAGCAGAGAGAGAGAGAGAGAGACAGAGAGAGAGAGAGAGAGAGAGCAGAGAGAGAGAGAGAGAGAGAGAGAGAAGCAGAGAGAGAGAGAGAGAGAGAGAGAGAGAGAGAGAGAGAGAGAGAGAGAGAGAGAGAAGGCAGAGAGAGAGAGAGAGAGAGAGAGAGAGAGAGAGAGAGAGACAGAGAGAGAGAGAGAGAGAGAGAGAGAGAGAGAGAGAGACAGAGAGAGAGAGAGAGAGAGACAGAGAGA